AUGCCUCCAGAAUCAAGUUAUCGUAUUGUACAGCAUGACUCGCAACGUUGUUCGUUAGAGUUGAUUGAAGGACGAGCAGACUGGCCCCAUGGAGCGGAUGAACUGAAGAAUGUUGAUGUUUUUUACACUCGUACGAGAAGAAGAAAUAAAAUCGUGUGUAUGUACGUUAAGUCAUGCAGUGAUGCGUAUUUCACUCUUUUAUUCUCCCAUGGAAACGCCGUUGAUCUUGGUCAAAUGUGUAGUUUUUAUUAUUUAUUAGGUGUUCGAUUGGGUUGCAAUGUUUUCAGUUAUGACUACUCAGGUUAUGGAUGUUCUAGUGGGAAACCGUCAGAGAGGAAUUUAUAUGCCGAUAUUGCUGCAGCUCUUAAUGCACUAAAAACCAGAUACCUGAUACCUUUAGAUCAUAUCAUUCUUUACGGCCAGUCUAUAGGUACAGUAGCAAGUGUAGACUUAGCAAGCGUUGAGAGUUCUAUAGCAGCACUUGUUCUGCAUUCUCCGCUUAUGUCUGGUAUGCGUGUAGCUUGCCCUGGAACCCAGAGAACUUGGUGCUGUGAUGCCUUUCCCUCGAUUGAAAAAAUACCGCGUGUUAAAUGUCCGACUCUCGUGAUACAUGGCACAGAUGAUGAGGUUAUAGAUUUUUCUCAUGGUCUUACGAUUUAUGAGCGCUGCCCAUCUUCGGUAGAACCACUUUGGGUGGCUGGUGCUGGCCAUAACGAUGUUGAGCUUCAUGCAUCUUAUCUGAACCGUUUAAUAACAUUCAUAAAAACUGAAGCUGUCAGUAAUAAGGAUGGAUCUCGAUCUGAUCUUUAG